AAUUUUGGCAUGAGAGUUUUCGUGGGCCGCGGCGUCAACACAGGAAAAUUUCAUGGGCCAAAACCCAUUCCACCCGCACCGCCAUCAACUCCUUCCGCCGGCCGCCGCCGUCAACUCCGCCCGCACGCCGCCGCCGACUCCUCACCCCUGCCUCCUCCGCCGCCUCCCCCUCCUCUUCUCAUCCUCUCUUUCUUCAGCACCCAUCAAGACCACCAAGGACACCCCCUUGUUCAGGUCAAAAUAUCCUGGUUAUGCCAGAUCUUUUAGUGCACCUCUUCUUGUACCGCCUCUUCUUCUUCUUCAGCACUGCCCUCGGUAUCGAGAUCCAGGAAGCACCGAGAAAAUCCCCUUGUUCAGUUUAGUGGUCCACUAUCGAUUCUACUGCAAUCGACCUAGCUGUCUAUCAUCUAAGGUGUACGUUGCUGAGCAUCUACCCAGCAGGAGGUCUCGAACAAUACAUCGUACCACGGUUAAUCUAUUGUCGGACCACACAAAGGAGAGAACACUGCAGUACCGAUGGGCAUGAAGCGGCCAAAGCUCUCCUGGAAAGACAAGUGGUGCAUUCUGAAGGAGGCAACCAGGCUGUAUGGGGCUUCUUGGGUCAGAGACAUUGGCCCUGAUAUCAGACCAAAUGACUACAACUACAAGAAGGCCAAAGAGUAACCUGACAUCAACACCGAGGAGGGAAGAAGCGAGCCUACUACGGUUGAAGACCUUGUCGGCGCAUUAAAGGGCGGAGCAGAGAAAGCCAAGAAUGCGUUACAACGGAUGUACAUGGCUCGCGCCUCAAACUACACAGAUGCACUGAAGAACUAUGUCGAGUCCUACAAAGAAGGUCUGAAAGAGCACUUGGAGGAAGAAGCUAUGGGUAAAGGCCAUCGGCAAGGCAAUGAUGAAAUAAAGCCACCGUAGUCACCAUCAUCAUGAUUUUAUCUGAAUAUAUAUAUCAGGUGUGAUGGCACAUUGAAGAAGUUUCAGCACACCGUGUGUGUAUGCAAUCAAUCAGGGUUGAUACAUUACCCUUCUAUGUGAAGAACAGCAAAUUGUGCCUCUUGUCUUUGCCAAAAAGGAAGGAAGAAGGGAGUUCUUCAUCA